UCCAGCCGAUGCUAAAAAAAUUGUAUUUUUGAUAUAUUUGUCUUACAGAUCGCGUGCAAAGACAGCCCGGACAUGAAUGUUUCUUUGGAGGCUGAUCUCACCGAACAACACAAUCCAACCUGUGGAUAGUGAGGAGCGCGCCUGUGGCCACCGGCCAGUCUCCGCUAUCUGGGACGCUCUGCCUCCAGCCCGCUGUGCGCGUCUUUUUUUUUCCCCACCGUUGGCUCCGGUCUGUGUCGGCGGGGGGAUCCGGUGUUCCGUUUGACCUAAGCUGUGAGCAGGUAUUCAGUUUAUGAAUGGCACUGGCAUGGAGGAAAUACCGUUUCAGAAAGUCAAAACCAGGCGGAAGAGAAGUCACUGCCCACCGGGCGUCCCUUUGACCACCAUCGUAUGUGAGGACGAGUUCGACUGCAAGGAGCUCGAGUCCCUCUUCCAGAACUACAACCUGAAGCUGGAGCAGACGUCCACCCUCAAAGCCCUGGCCGUGCUCAUCUUCAUGUCCUCGACACUGGCCGUGGUGGAGUUGCUGUCCGGCCCCAGCCUCACCAUCUCCAAGGGGUCCCAUCCGGUCCACUGUGUCAUCUUCGUCUCCCUGUUCAUCGUAACUAAUGUCAAGUACCUGCAAGUGACUCAGCUCCAACAGAUUGUCAACCUGACGCUGCUCUUCGGCUUCACUUUCUCUUUCCUCUGCUGCCCCUUCUCCCUGGGCGCGAUGGGGAUGGAGCCGCCGACGUCCCCGGAGCAAGGCAUGUGGCAGCUCAUCCUGGUCACCUUCGUCGCCUACGCGCUCCUACCUGUGCGGACACUCUUGGCUGUUGUGUUUGGAAUAAUGGUCUCCAUCUCGCAUUUGAUUGUGACUGCCACUUCAGUCACAGUGAAAACACAGAAACUGUGGAGAUCGUUGGUUGCCAACACAGUGCUGUUCACCAGUGUCAACCUGUCAGGGCUGUUUGUGCGCAUCCUGACAGAACGAGCCCAGAGGAAGGCCUUCCUGCAGGCUCGCAACUGCAUUGAAGAGAGACUCCGCAUGGAGGAUGAGAAUGAGAAGCAGGAGCGCCUGCUAAUGAGUCUGUUGCCCAGGAACGUAGCUAUGGAGAUGAAAGAGGAUUUCCUGAAGCCCCCAGAAAGGAUCUUUCACAAAAUCUACAUCCAGCGCCAUGACAAUGUCAGCAUCCUGUUUGCAGAUAUAGUUGGUUUCACCAGCCUGGCCUCCCAGUGUACAGCCCAGGAGCUGGUUAAACUACUAAAUGAGCUUUUUGGAAAGUUUGAUGAGCUUGCCACGGAGAACCACUGUCGCAGGAUUAAGAUCCUGGGGGAUUGCUACUACUGUGUUUCUGGACUGACCCAACCCAAGACUGACCAUGCCCACUGCUGUGUAGAGAUGGGUCUGGACAUGAUUGACACCAUAACGUCAGUAGCAGAGGCCACAGAAGUCAACCUAAACAUGCGCGUGGGCUUGCAUACAGGUCGGGUGCUCUGUGGAGUGCUGGGCCUCAGGAAAUGGCAAUAUGAUGUUUGGUCCAAUGAUGUGACCUUGGCCAAUGUGAUGGAGGCUGGAGGACUACCUGGGAAAGUCCACAUCACCAGAUCUACACUGGAGUGCCUAAAUGGAGACUAUGAGGUGGAGCCUGGAAACGGUCAUGAAAGGAACGCCUUCCUCCAAAAACAUGAAAUUGAAACCUUCUUUAUAGUGCCAUCUCACCGACGGAAGAUAUUCCCAGGAUUGAUUCUUUCGGAUAUAAAGCCCGCCAAAAAGAUGAAGUUCAAAACUGUGUGCUACUUACUAGUGCAACUUAUGCACUGCAGGAAGAUGUUCAAGGCUGAGAUUCCCUUCUCCAAUGUCAUGAACUGCGAGGACGGGGAUAAGCGGAGGGCCAUGCGGACGGCUCCACAGAAGCUGAGGAAUCGUUCCAACGCUAACCAGGCUAACCUGAUCCAGAGCAGCCCCAGAACCCGGGUCAACCGCUACAUCGGUCGGCUGAUCGAGGCCCGCCAGACUGAGUCAGACACGGCAGACCUCAACGUCCUCACACUCAUGUAUAAGUGCUCUGAGCGCGAGCAGAGGUACCACCAGGUUCCUGAUGAGUACUUCACCAGCGCAGUGGUCCUCUCUCUGAUCCUAGCUGCCUUGUUUGGCCUUGUCUAUCUUCUCAUCAUACCACAGGGCACAGUGAUACUAGUCCUUCUCGUCUUCUGCAUCUGUUUCCUAGUAGCUUGUAUCAUGUACCUGCAUAUCACUAGAGUACAGUGUUUUCCAGGGUGCCUGACCAUUCAGAUUCGCACUGCUCUCUGUAUUCUCAUAGUGCUCUUAAUCUACGCUGUGGCCCAGGCCUGUGUGGUGGGCUGUAUGCCCUGGUUGUGGGGUAGUGCCAACACCAACAGCUCCAUCGUCAUCAUUGAUGUGGAGAGCGGCGCCAACCACACCAUGGCGGAGCUGCCUUGUGAUGGUGCCCGCUAUGCCUUUCUUUCCUGUGUGGUGGGCACCCUCACCCUGGCACUUUUCCUGCGGAUCUCCUGGCUGCCGAAGAUGGCGCUAAUGCUCCUUCUGGGGGUGCUGUAUGUCACCGUGUUGGAGCUCAGCGGCUUUCGCAAGACUGAAGGUGGGGGGUCCUUCCACAUCCGGGGCUAUGAGCCCAUCCUGUCUUUGUUGCUCUUUGUCAGUGCCCUGGCCCUCCACUCCAGGCAACUCGACCUCAAACUACGCCUGGACUUCCUAUGGGCUGUGCAGGCGGAGGAGGAAAGGGAUGGCAUGGAGAAAGUCAAGCUGGACAACAGGAGGAUUCUCUUCAACCUUCUGCCCGCACACGUGGCUCAACACUUCCUUAUGUCAAACCCCAGGAACAUGGUGAGCCUCGCUAAUAGACAGGCAGGCAGACAGACAGAAAAACAGGAUCUGUAUUAUCAGUCCUAUGCACAAGUAGGUGUCCUGUUUGCCUCUAUCCCAAACUUCAAUGACUUCUACAUCGAGCUGGACGGGAACAACAUGGGAGUGGAGUGCCUCAGACUCCUGAAUGAGAUCAUUGCUGACUUUGACGAGCUCAUGGAUAAGGAGUGCUACAAAGACAUAGAGAAAAUCAAAACCAUUGGCAGUACAUACAUGGCAGCUGUGGGCCUCGUCCCCACCAUUGGUACCAAGGCCAAAAAAUCUGUUUACGACCAUCUUAGCACAAUAGCAGACUACGCCAUUGAGAUGUUUGACGUUUUGGAUGAAAUCAACUAUCAGUCAUACAAUGAGUUUGUCCUGAGAGUGGGUAUCAACAUUGGUCCAGUGGUUGCAGGGGUGAUUGGUGCGCGGCGACCGCAGUAUGACAUCUGGGGGAACACAGUCAAUGUGGCCAGUCGGAUGGACAGCACUGGAGUGCCUGGAAAGAUACAGGUGACUGAAGAGGUCUAUCGCCUGCUGAAUACCAACUAUGACCUGGUGUGCCGUGGCAAAGUCAGCGUUAAGGGUAAAGGUGAGAUGCUGACAUACUUCCUGGAAGGGAAGGUUCAGGGCGUGGGCACCGUAAUCACUUCUUCAGUCAUGCGUUCCGCCAGCUUGGCUCGUCGGAUCCACUCCUGUGGGAAGACGAGCGUCCCGACCAACCUGGGCAGCGUCUCCUCUGCUGCCAGCCUGUUAGGCAGCACUGUUCAGAUGAACACUGCCAACAGCAGCAACAGCCAAGCUACAUGCCUGCCCUCGUCCUGCGUGCCCGCAGUGGGUGAGGAGGACGAGGAGGAGGACUUAAAGGUGACAGAGAUUGAGAUUGAGGCUGUGGCAGCUGUUGCAGAUGUUGCAGUGUAGAGAGAAAGACAGGACUAUUAACCUGAAAAAAGGAAAGAAAAUCCUGGUUGGAGGCCUAGAAAAGACAGGGCUGUCCAGGUAUUUCCUAUAAAUCAUGAGCUACUGGCCAAACCCAGAACAUGCUCAUUCAGGAUAUGAACUUCCGGAGAAAUGGCAGGGUGAUGUGGACAAUCAUACUCGCUUUGAGGGAUUUCUAAGACAAACACGUAGUGAAGAAGAACGAUACCCGGAAUCUCAGAUCCUCUUUUAACAUCUCUAUACCAGAUAAUUAGAUUUGUGGUGUUUCUGGGUUCCCUCAGAUCCAGGUAUUAUAAUGUGCAUCUUCAUUUUAUAUGUACUACAUAUUCCGUGUGCAGGGGAUAUGUGCAUUGAUAUCCAGAAAAAGACUGAUCAUGCUAUUGCUUUUGCACUGUCUUUCUGAUUAUGCCAAGGAUACAUUGUAUUAUUUACAGUGUAAAAUGGUGUUGUUUCUUUUUUUUCUUUUUUCUUUUUUUUUUGUUGGUGUAUGUAAGCAUGCAUGUGUGUACUUGUGAGUGUGUAUGCAUGUGUGGUUAACUCUGAAUCGUAACGAAACAGCACAAUUUUUUUUUUUUUUUUUUUUUUACACUCGGAGCUCACUGGAUGGAAUAGGCUUUUUCUGAGACAUAUUUACAGUUAAUAGUGCAUGACUUUUUUAAGAGUUGACAGCCAUAGUAACUCCUGUUGAAAGAAACCAAAGUAUUGAGCUUUCCAUAGAUCUUUAGUUUUACCGCUUUUAUUGCCUCACCAUACAAGAGAAGAGAAAGGAUGUGGCAGAAGGUUGGAUAUAUUUGGCACAUGUUAGUUUUUCAGACAUCAGUAGACUUAAAGUGUCUUUUUUUUUUUAACCCAAAAUAAGGUUUCCUGAAUGUUCAUAUGCUGCCCCGAUUCACAAUGGUUUAAUGUAAUGUGACAUGUUAAGUAUACACACAGACAGUGGUGUCUCUGAGUCUGAAGAGGCAGUAAAGGUCAAUGAAGGGAGCAGAGGAAGGUGUGGAAAACCUAAAGAGCAGUUCUACUAGUACGGAGUGUGUGUGCUGCCAUGGAAACUAGUUGAUGCCAAAACUGGACCAAUCACAAAGUAUUAAUGACAAAUAAAUCACUUAGAGAACCAAUACACAUCUAUGUAUGGUGCAAACAUACGUGUAGACACCCAAGGGAGUCGAGGAAGGCAUUUAUCCACACAGAGGAGAGCACAUCCAUGACUUAAGCACAUGCAACAAGCACACAACCUCUACAAAUGCACAGCCCAGUCCUUUACUCACAACCUCUGCAAAUGAUACAUGUACAUUCAUGUAUUAUCUUGGUGCAGUGUCUGACUACGUUACUGUACCCCAGAAUUUUACCGCUGUAAUGAAGCUACAUUUUGAGUUUUCCUCAGAAACUAUGAGCUUUAGCACGUCUCUCAGAUACAGUCUCAGAAAUGUGAGGCGCUUCAGAUAUCUUCAGAUGUCAACUCUAUCAGCGUUUAAAACUUUUACUUGAUCUGCAAAAGUGUAAAUAACAUCAUGUUUCAAGUUUUUUGCCUUACUCAAUAAGCUUACAGUGAUUGCAACCUGCCUUUUUAGAUAUAUUCACUUUGAUAUGCAGAUCAUACUUUUUGUAAAUAGCCAAAAGCUGUAAACUAUGUUGUAUCUUGUACAGUGUAAAGUUGGGUUAUUGAAUAUUUUGUAAUAAAGACAA